GCGGAGAUCUUCCGCUGCGCUAGUUCAAAACCACUAUCAAAAACACGAGUUAUGUUCGUCGCUGUUCGACACCCGCAGGCCUGGAAUUGACCACGAGCGAGGCUGUUGAUGCUGCCAACAUGGCAACCGCUACCGCUACAGAGACAAAGUCAAAGCGACACAUCCCGCGUGGCGUGAAGCUGCCUCCAGAGAAUGAACGAUACAUGCGUUGCUGUGCAGACAUUGCGAGCGCGUUGAUUCAAGACUACGAAGCCCAGCAAAAUGGCAAAGGUCCGAAGAAAGACCUAAAUCUUAACCACCUGAGAGGUCAAAUGUCGAAGAAGCACUUCCUUAGCACACAGCCGCCCUUGACUGCAAUUAUUGCCGCUGUGCCCGAGCACUACAAAAAGUAUAUCCUUCCCAAGCUAAUAGCAAAGCCCAUAAGAACAUCAUCUGGUAUUGCCGUCGUUGCAGUUAUGUGCAAGCCGCACCGAUGUCCACACAUCGCAUAUACAGGCAAUAUUUGCGUUUACUGCCCUGGUGGCCCGGACUCCGAUUUUGAGUAUUCAACACAAUCCUACACAGGCUAUGAACCGACCUCGAUGCGCGCCAUACGAGCACGUUACGAUCCUUACGAGCAAGCAAGAGGGAGAGUAGACCAAAUCAAAUCCCUAGGACAUUCAGUGGACAAAGUCGAAUAUAUAAUUAUGGGCGGUACUUUCAUGAGCUUAUCCGAGAGCUACAGGGAAGAAUUCAUAAGUCAGCUACAUAAUGCCCUGAGUGGAUAUACAACCAAGAAUGUGGAUGAGGCGGUCGCGGCAGGCGAGAUGAGCAACAUCAAGUGCGUGGGCAUAACUAUUGAGACACGGCCAGACUAUUGUUUGGACCAGCACUUGAGCGCGAUGCUGAGAUAUGGCUGUACGAGAUUGGAGAUCGGCGUCCAAAGUCUGUACGAAGACGUAGCAAGAGAUACCAACAGGGGACAUACGGUUGCAGCUGUUGCGGAGACAUUCAAGCUGGCAAAAGACGCAGGCUUUAAAGUGGUGUCGCACAUGAUGCCAGACCUUCCAAAUGUUGGCAUGGAGCGCGACUUGGAUCAGUUCAGGGAAUAUUUUGAGAACCCUGCCUUUCGAACGGACGGCUUGAAGAUAUAUCCAACGCUCGUAAUAAGAGGAACAGGAUUGUACGAGCUGUGGCGAACCGGACGAUACAAAAACUACACCCCGAAUGCGCUUAUCGACCUGGUUGCGAGAAUAUUGGCUCUUGUGCCGCCGUGGACGAGAAUAUAUCGUGUUCAGCGAGACAUACCUAUGCCUCUUGUCACCGCCGGCGUUGAAAACGGCAAUCUGCGAGAAUUGGCCCUGGCGCGGAUGAAGGAUUUUGGGACUACGUGUCGUGACGUGCGGACUCGGGAGGUUGGCAUAAACGAGGUCAAAAACAAGAUCCGUCCGUCACAAGUCGAGCUUGUACGCCGAGACUAUGUUGCCAAUGGCGGCUGGGAGACGUUCCUCGCGUACGAAGAUCCGAAGCAGGAUAUCCUCAUCGCACUCCUGCGCUUACGCAAGUGCAGCUCAACACACACCUUUCGACCGGAGCUUACAGGGCAGCCAACUAGCUUGGUGAGAGAGCUGCAUGUCUACGGUUCGGCCGUGCCAGUGCACGCUCGAGAUCCUCGAAAAUUUCAACAUCAGGGUUAUGGUACCCUGCUUAUGGAGGAAGCUGAGCGCAUCGCGCGCAACGAGCAUGGUAGCCAAAAAUUAUCUGUCAUUUCCGGUGUAGGCGUGCGAAGUUACUAUGCAAGGCUAGGCUAUUGGCUCGAUGGUCCUUACAUGAGCAAGAUGCUCAAUCGAGAUGGUGGCACCAAUGAUGAUGACAGUGAUGACGAAUCGUAACCAUUGCAUGUAAAAUACAAAAAGUAAACUUUCAUUGCUUAGCGACAGCUAAUUUUUGCCUUCACAUCUCCACUUGAGGAAACGUAACGGCAUUGCUGGUCAGCAAUUGUUAGAACGAGUCGUUCAUGAGUACGCGCCCUAGUGCAAGCCUUUCAUCACCAGU